AUGACUUCUAAUCGCCAAUAUGAUCUGGUCCUACUGGGCCCAACGGGCUAUACGGGCCAAUUCUGCGCUGAACACAUUGUGCAGAACCACCCUACCGACCUGAAAUGGGCCAUUGCUGGUCGCUCUAUGCAGAAGAUGGAGCUCAUUGCCAAACAGCUCAAGGCUCUCAACCCGGAUCGCGCUGAACCAGAUAUCCUGGUCGUUCAACUCAAUGCGACUGAGCUCCAGGAGCUUGCCCAGAAGACGCGGCUCGUUAUCAACUGUGUGGGUCCCUACUACUUGUACUCGACUCCAGUGGUGGAGGCAUGCGCUACCAAUGGGACUCACUACGUCGAUGCGACCGGUGAAACACCGUGGAUCAAGUCAAUCAUCGAAAAGUACCAUGAGACGGCCAAAGCCAAUGGCGCAAUUAUGAUUCCCUCGACCGGCGUUGAGAGUGCGCCAGCUGAUAUUUUAGCAUGGUCUCUCGUCAAGCGAGUCCGAGAGGAUUUGUCCUCGCAGACGCGCGAGAUCAACUGCACCAUCAAAGAGAUGAAAUCUUCUGGGCCAAGCGGCGGUACUCUAAACACAGUGCUGACAAUGUUCGACUCGCUUCCGGCAUCGGAACUAAAGAACGCCAUGACUCCUUUCGCUUUAGCAGCCUCAGCUCCACCAAAGACCAUCCCGGGCGACUCAAUCCUCAAAAAGGUCCUGGGCUUCCGCUCAAUCCGCGAUCUAGGAACGGUGACAACAUCCCCUUCCGGCAUGGCCGAUAUCACCCUCGUGCACCGCAGCAGCACCCUAAUGCCCGAGCUCUACGGCCAAUCCUUCUUCUUCAGACAAUUCCUGUCGGUGCGCAACGCUUUUAUUGGUCUAGCCGUGCACAUCGGCUUCACGAUCGGUGUGAUGCUCCUUGUGCUCCAACCCGUACGGUGGCUCCUGCGGAAAUUCAUCUUCGCGCCUGGUAGCGGACCGCGCCGCGAGGAUUCAACGAAUGAUCGCCUGGAAUACCAUGCCAUUGCUACGCCUGAGGGGCAGCAGACAAAGCGUGUCUUUGGUAAAAUUACCUACGAGGGUGGUAUGUAUCUUUUCACUGGAUUGUUGCUUGCAGAGGCUGCUAUGGUCAUUCUCAAUGAUGAGGAGACUAUUAAGAAGGUCUCGCGUGGUGGUAUUGUUACCCCUGCUACCAUGGGACAAAGCUUUGUCAAUCGUCUAGAGAGGGUUGGCUGCAAUAUCGAGACUAAGGUGUACGAGUAUUAA